AUGACCACGCCUCAUCGCGGACUGGCGCCUCUGCCGCCGCCAUCAGCCCUGACUUUGCCAGACCCACGGUCGAGUCAUUCUAAUGUCGGCUCGCUACCUGCACCGUCUAGUCAUCCCUAUUCGGGUCAUCAGGAGGAGUCCUCGAAAAGCUGGUAUUCCUUCAAGGCCGAAGAGGAGCGUCGGAAACAGGAAGAAGAGCGAACACGCCAGGAAACAUUGAAGCUUGAGCAACGCAAAAUCGAAGCAUCGAUGCUGCAUGACGCAUUGAAUGCGGGUGUGCCGGCGGGUUUGGUGCCGAUGCUGCUCUGGCGAGAUGCAGGUAAUAUGAAUCAAGAGUGGAUGCAGCAAUUGGUUGCGCAGUUUCAAUCGUUAGCGGCUGCAUAUCAAAAUCAGCAGCAUGAACAGCAGCUUCAGCUGCAACAACAAUCCCACUUGCAGCAGCUGCAACAGACACAAUCACAUUCGCUUGGCUCAUCGCCGCCCGAAGUUCGUCGUGAUGUGCGAGCAGGUCCUCCAGCACCUCCUCCUUAUCAAUUCACUCUGCCUUCACAGGGCCACAUUCUUGCCAGCCAGUCAGCCGAAUCAGUGAUCGAUCCACUCCAUCAUCGCUCAACGCAUCGCGAACAACAAAGCCAUCGUCAGCAACAGCGACCAUCCGGUCCAUUGCAGACAACGUUUUCCGCAUAUGAAAGUGGUUCACGGCACUCGGUAACACCACAUUCACGAUCGGCCAGCAACGCGCAGCUCCCACGACUCGCCACCAGCGACAGUCUAAUGUUGUCCAAUCAGCGUCAGCAUCAUAGUAGUGGACCACAAAACUCAAGUCAGGCGAGACCUGAUUCCGUGCAAGCAACAUCUCCCAAUAUUCUCUUCCACCAUUGGGUCCCACCGAAUGAAAUGAAAGCUCAACAGAAUUCACAAUUAGCUGGUCGUGGCAACACAAGCGCCGGUGUUGGUAGCGAUGACAAUCCAUCACAGUCUGCCCAACAAUCUGAAGGUGAUCAACGUGAGACCACGCCGCGCAAGCGAAAAGCUCAAGGUGGGCAUCAGCCCAUCCCACCGCCAUCCUCUGCCGAUGAUCGCGGUGCCAGAUCGCCAAGCUUUUCUGCCAUGAGCGUGACGUCAGCGACAGGGCCUAGUACACGACGUAAGCACGGCGGUGAUAAUGGCAACACCCAUACGGAGCUUGUGAGAGAAACAGAGCGACCAAAGCCAGCGCCGGCUCCAACAUCUGCUCCUCUUCGCACUGGCAAGUUUCGCAGCGACGAGUCGAUCCACCGGUCGUCCUUCCACGCUGAGCAGGAUGGUGUCGCCAGCGACAAUCGACGAGAUCCGUUCCGAAUCUCAGGUCGCACCAGUAGAAGUCGAGAGCCGAUGCCUCUACGGAGCAACGAUGACCCAGAAGGUGAUUGGUCAAGUCGUCAACAGCAAAGACAACAGCGCUAUGAUGGAGUUGAUCGAAAUCGGAUGCAACUGUCCAGGCCAAGAUCGAGAUGA